GUGCUUGUAUUUUUCUUUUCUAAAUUAUUCUAGCACUUCAGGUAAAAACAUGGCAGGAAAGAGAACAUGAAGAGGACAUUAAAAUUCUUGUUAAUUCAGAAUUGGAGCCUAAAUAGCUUUUGACGACGUUGAAACUUAUUUGCACUGAAGUUCUGCUGAUUCGAGAUUAAAAUCAGUUUUGUGCUACGGUACACAACAGGCUCCAAGGAUGGAUGGUGAAGAUGCUGGGAACUCGGGUGAAGUUCCCCAAAAUGAUUCAAAACCUGCUAUAGCAGCGUCGGCCAAUGAUGGCGCAUCGUCUGAACAAGAUCCCGGUAGCGCAGUGGAUACUCCAAGCCAUUCUCCCGCUUCUGGUGCUGCAGGAAUAUCCUCAGAUGGAACUGCAUCUGCAACCGUGGAUGAAGCAUCAGAGAAACCUUUGGCAGGAGCAGAUGGCGUUUCAACCUUGCAGUCUGAAGACCAAACCUUGAAGGAGUCUCCUGAAAAAGAUGGGGCCUCCGUGACAGUUGUCAGCACCACACCAAAUGUCGUCGUGGAGAAGGUCGGUGGUGGGCUGAUGUCGUGGAACCUGACAGCAGCAACUGGUGGCAAUGUCGACGGGGAGGUAAUUUCCCUCCCAAAUAUCUCUCCUGAUCAUGCCCCAAUGUACGCAAGCGAAGGAUUCAGUGAGGGGGAGCCAUCUGCUUGGGGGAAGGAGACAGGAAGCAUCUUUCCUUUAGAUCUAGGCGGUGCCUCAACAAUCUUGACCCAGGAUCAGAUUCUCAAGAUCGACGCUGCCUUGAAGUCUGAACAGAUCAAAUCAGAGCCUAACCCUCUCCUACAAGGCCCACCUCCUCCCCAAGAGAACAUGGAAAGCAUUCCCAUCGAAGAACCAGAGGAUCACCAGGAAGUGGAGGAGAAGAUUCAACUCAACAUCGACAGCGUGCUCGACAUCGGACCCGGAAGCUUCAGCACCAAGCAUCUGAUGAACCAGGUCAUGAGCAGUGAGAUACUCAUGGAAGCCAUUGGUGAUGACGGACUAGCUGCUACGGUGGCCGUGGCCACGGCGAACAGCGAUGAUGAAUCGGAGGGUGGAUCGACCACGGACUCGACGUCGGAAAAGAAGAAGGAGGAUAACCUGAAGAGGAGAUCUGCUCGGAUUGCACACAUAACGGCAAAUGACUUGACCCUGAGGCAAGCCAUGAGAGAAAAGGAACAGAAGAAGAAGGAGCGGGAAGAGAAGAAACGGCAGAAGGAAGAGGAAAAGAAAGCAAAGGAUUCUAAAAAUGUGAGGGUGGUAGAGGGUGACAGUGACACUUUGACUGCACAAAAAGAGAAAGGGAAAUCAAGGACAGACAUAAGUAGUGAAAUUGAGAAAUACUUAAAGGUCAUUGAUCAGGAAAUUAAGCAGAGUGAAGAGCAGAAGGAUGGGGAUCCAAAGAAAGAAGAGGAAGAAGAGGUGAAGAAGGAAGUUUUGGCAGAACAGAAAGAAGCAACAAAAAAACAGGAGGAAGACAAGGAUGGAGGCAAGAAAACGACAGGUCUCAACCUGUUUGAAAGCCUUGGAAAGGCUAAACCAGAAAAAGAAGUUAAGGGAGAUACUGUAAAGGAAGACAUUUUAAAAGAAACAACAGUAGGUAACAAGGAGAAAGAGAAACCUAGUGGAUCUAGUCAAAGACCUCCUGAUGAUGGUAGUCAAAGACCACUUGAUGCAGAAACAAAGAGUGAAGUGGGGCAAAAAUUAUCAGAUUCAAAAGAUGAAUUAGAGUUGGGUGAGGUGAAGGAGGAGAAGGAAACGGGAGAAUUGUCUGACGAUGAAAACGGCCACCCUGAAUCCAAAUCAAGUGUUUAUUGGAUGGACCAUAGCUACGCUGCAAGUUCCGCACUUCCAGUCUCAAGUAACGUACCUGCAACAACCCCAGGAGAUUCUCCUACGAAGCGCAGCACUCGAAGCGAAAGCAGGAAAGAGAAAAGCUCUGAGGAACCUAAUAAAGAAAAGAAAGCAGAAGAAAAACCUCGGAGAUCCUCGCGACGAGAAUCAAAAGUUUCAACAGAAGAAGAGGGCAAAGAAGCCAAGGAGGAUAAGAAAUCUAAAUCAAAACAUGAUCAUAAGGACAAGAAGACAUCAAAAGGGAAGAAAGAUAAAGAAAGGCACAGUCGGUCAAGGUCAAAAGAGAAGAGUAGCAGUAAAGAGAAGGAGAGACAUCGAAGAGAGAGUCGGUCUAAAUCUGUGGAUGACAGCAAAGAGAAGGAUAAGAAGAAAAAGAAACACAAAGAAAGAGACAAAGAGAAGGAAGAAUCCAGAAAGAAGAAAUCCUCAAGAAGCUCCAGAGAUAUCAAGAAAACUAAACUUGGUGCAGAUGAGCUCAGCGAUAUUCCGUUUUCUUCGGAAGAGGAGCCUGAAGCGGAGGAGGCAGAGCAGGCUGAACAUGAUACCGGCAGUGACUGGACCAGUGACGAUGAUCCAGAGAAACUAUGGUGUAUAUGCAGACAGCCUCAUGAUGGAAAGUUCAUGAUAUGCUGUGAUAAAUGUGAAGAUUGGUUUCAUGGCAAAUGUGUGAACAUCACUAAGAAAGAAGGAAAGCGCAUGGAAAGGGAGAAUCUUAGCUGGAUGUGUCCAAAGUGUACUGAGGAAAAAAAGACGGAGGCAGCAGACAAAUCCAAGGCAAAGGACGACAAGAGUAAGAAGUCUAAGCAAGAAACAGAUGACUCCAAGGAUGCACAUUCCAAGGAGAAAGCCCGACGGAAGAGCAGAGAUAGGAGGAGAGAAGAAGAGAUGGAAGAUGAGGAGGAGUAUAUCGACGAGGAAGAUGAGAAAAAGAAGAAGAGAGGAAAGGCGGGUGAAGAGAAGAAAAGGAAAAGGAAGAGCGAUGCAGGGACAAAGAAGGACUCAGAGUCUAAAAAGGAGCCCGAGGAGGAGGUGGCUAGCAAGAAGAAACGGCUCAAGUUCUUCCGACCCCCUCCACCCAAGCAGCACUGCAUCGGGACCCGGUGUGAGAACUGGGCCAGGGCCGGGUCAGUGUACUGUAGUCCAGGCUGCAUAGUGAAGCAUGCUAAAGAGAGCAUGAAGCUUCUUGCCGCUGAGAAGGAAAGGGCUACGGGACUCAAGGGAAGGAGGGAUUCCGCAGGUGGUUCUGCCGGCACUCCGACUCAGUCACUGAAGCUGAGAGAGGACGAGCGUAUAUCAGUGAUAGAGCGUCACACAGGUCGUCUUCGCACGGGCCUAACAGCACCAACGUAUGAAGAGCUGCCAUACUGGCUGGGUAGACAUCCAACGUAUGAAGUGCUCAGGCCAAAUAUCAAACAUGGAUACACCGCUUCUGCAUAUUCUCCUGGUAAAGGAUCGUCAAAGCAUAAGUCUGAAUCGAGGAGGCUGUCACACGAGGGCGAAUCCAGCAGGAAUCUUUCGUCCUCUGAUUCAGAGCGCAAGAUUAGCACCAAGCAAAUCACCAGUCCUACCAAGGAUGGUGCGAACACGGGGGCUGACGACAUUGAGAGAAGACAGAGAGAGAGGAGAGAAAAGGUUCGGAUGCUACUGGAGAUGAAAAGAAGGGAGGAAGAGGCCCGGGAGAGGGAGCUGGAAAGGAAGAGGAUGGAGGAGAGCAGACGGAAACGGGAGGAGGAGAAGAGAGAGGAAGAGGAGAGAAAGAAGAGGGAGGACGAGAAGAGGAGGAAGGAGGACAGAGAGAGGAGGGAGAGGGAGAAGCGAGAGAAGGAGGAACGUCUGAGGCUGCAGGCGGAGAAUAGUAAGCUGGCCGAGCAGACAUCGGAGAGCGUAAGGGUCAACGUCAAGAGGACGCUCCUGGAUGUUCUCCUAACCAGGGUGAAGAAAGCUCCGGAUGUGAAGAACGUUACAGCAGACGAUGUUAAGAAGGUCUCCAAGCAGGUGGAGUUUGAGCUCUACAAGCUUUACAAUGACACAGGUGCCAAGUAUAAAGCAAAGUACAGGACACUCAUCUUCAACAUCAAAGACAUGAAGAAUAAGGGUCUCUUCCGUCACAUCUUAAAGGGAGAGAUCUCCCCUAGGAAUCUGGUACGCAUGUCUUCCGAUCAGCUGGCAUCCAAGGAGCUCAUGAAAUGGAGGGAACAGGAGGCUAAGCAUGAGUUGGAGAUGAUUGUGCAGACUGAGCAAGAUAAGAAGAGUAUGCCAAUGACCAUUGUGAAGAAGACCCACAAAGGAGAGGUGGAACUCGGCGAGGAGGACAACCUAGGAGAGUUAGUGCCACACACCAAGGUGGAGGAGGAAACGUUAAAGCGGUCCAAGAGACCUUCGACAGAAUCCGAGCUGAAGAGCCCAUCCAGACCCUCGUUUGGAUCUCCCACGCGUCAUCAUUCUGGAUCCUCCCCGACCACACCCUCUUCGCCGACGACUCUGACGACCAUGCUCAUAGACACCACUGAGCAACACAAAGCACAUCUCUUUGAUCUCAACUGCAAGAUCUGCACAGGUAAAAUACCAGCUCCAAAGGAGGAGAAAGUUGCCAAGAAAAAAGCCAUUGUAAGGAAAACCCCCAAGAUCAAGAAAGUAGCGGUGGGGGAAGAAAAGAAGAGAGGAGGCAUCGUCAAGGAGAAACCGGUCAAGUUCUUUGGGGAGGAGAUUGAGGAGAUAAAACCAAAGGUGAAAUCGGUCACGGAGGACCUUUACGACGAUCUCAUGGAGACGGUCGGCGGAGGCGAGGACGACGAUGAUGAUGACGAUGCUGCUGCUGUCAUCAUCAGUGAGACGGUGGAGGAAUCCACAACCCCUCCAGGAAGUCCUCCGCCUCCAGUCGUAGUGCGCACCGCUCCCAAACCGGUCAAGGAGAAGAAAGCCUCGCGACCUUCGCAGGUCAAGAGGUCAGUGUCGUCCACUGCACUGACACCCACACCGGCGUGGAGGGGGUUCAUCUUCAUGCACGAGGUGUCCAAGUUUGUUGCCGUGGCCCAUCAUGUGUCUGGUCCUGCUCAAAGUAUAACAUUGGACCUUCAAGACACUCUGGAGGUAUGUGGGCGUAUUCCCUACAAGGUGGUCUGGGACUACUUCACCAAGCUCAAACAGUCGCAGUCGACAGAGAUGACCAUCGUUCGCUUCCACGUCUGGCAGGAGGACGAGGAGCCAGCCUUUUUUGCGCUCUUCGAUUACUUUUACACCCGCCAGCGCAUCGGUGUGAUUGGGAAGAACCGGCCUCACGUCAAGGACUUCUACCUGAUAGCCUUGCCAUCAAGCGAUAAGGUUCCCCACCACAUACUGCCAUUCAAUGGCCCAGGGCUGCCAUCUAAUCGACCACACUUGAUGCUAGGUGUAGUAGUCCGUCACAAGGACAAGCAGCGGUCCAUGAGCCUUGAUGCAGAGGUUGCCUCUAAGCCUAUCAGUCAAACUCCUAGGGAGCCUCCUCCAGUCCACCAUGUCCCUAAGAGGAAAACCCACCAUCAGCCUACUCAUGACAUUGCACCUCCAGAGAACACUAUGUCGUCCUUCCACUCCAGCGUGCCAUCCAUGAGGGAGAUAUCUGACAUGAUGGCCCCUAAGGAUUCGUAUCCCAAGCAGCAGGAGAUGUAUGUUACGGAGGAUCAGCUGGUGGAUCCUAUUGUGGCACAGUAUGCCAAUGCUGACCCAAAGGAACUCGAAGUGGAGCUUGAAGAACCGUAUUCUCCAACUCGAGAAGAGCGGGAGGCUCCGUAUGAUCCGUCAGAUCCGACAGAUGACUGGCAAGCAGGACGUAGCAUGCCAGCUUCUGCGGUGAUCCCAGAACCUGCUCUGUACCCUCAGGUUCCUCCAGUGGCUAUUCAAGAAGAUAAGGAAGUGGUGAAAGCGGAUGAUGGGACAGAGAGCGGAGUGAAAGCAACGGAUAUUGCGAGUGUGGCAGCCGAUGCAUCUCAGGACAUUCUGAGUUCAUUCAGUGACCAAUCUGGUCUCUCUGAACAACAGCAGCUACUGAUUCAACUCACCAAGCAAGUGGAGGAGGCCAAGAGGGCCCUGUUGGACCGACAGAUUGAGUCACUGCAGUCAGAGAUCAACAAAGCUACAGGGAAAUUAGGUAAAACAGAUGAGCAAACAUCAGAUGAGGCAGGUACCUCACCAGAUGUACGAUUGGCUCAGGCUGAUUCUAGUACAAUGACUCCAAAGGAUGACGCUACAAGCACUCCAGGAGGAACUGGAUCGGAUCCCGCUCAAGAGACAACUCAAGGUGGAGAAGAUGUACAACCAUUGUGCCCACCACCCAAUCUGCCUCCUUUUGCUGUGGGAGCAGUGCUGUGGAAUGCGGUGCAAGGCCCAACACUGAACCCACCAGUGCCGCAAGCAGUGACAACAGAUAACAAUACAGUCAGCUCGGCUUCUUCAACAUCUCCAGCAUUAACCCAAGACGUUAGCCAUCAGCAACAACAACCAGUAGUUCCGAGGGAGCAGCCUACUGCUUACCCACAGAAAGACUUUCCAAGGUAUCCUGACCCCAUGCCCCAUCAUGAUGAGCAAGGUUCACAGCCAGCUCAUCAUCCACAUUCCACUGCCCCUCCUCAUGCCCCUCUUCGCCACCCUGGCCCUCCGUUAUCUCAAGGGCAACACCCAGCUCCAUUCCAACCCCCACCCAUCACUCAUCCUUCAACCCCCCACCAUCAAUCUGCACCCCAUCAGCCUCCCAUCCGACACCAACCGCACCUUCCCCCACGCCUGCCACGCCCACCUGGUCCAAGGGCACCACUUGUCCCUCAUCACCCACCACCAGUGGCUCCAUCCGUACCCGUCACCAAGAAGCGCAAACUGGAGCCACCACCCCCUGGCGAAGAGGGAUGGAAAUACGGAGAUGAUGAUGAUGAAGGCGAGGUCCAACACAGCGAUGAUCCUGGCCCAAUGGCUCCACGAAAGCAACCUCCCAGGGACGUUGACUUCCGAAGAGAUGUCGACCUGCGGCAGAGUACCGGUCAGUUUGAGGACACUGAUGAGAGGAGGCCUUGGGAGGUUGAUAAACCCCGGGAGGCAUGGGCCAAAGAACAUUGGGAACGUAGCAGGAGGGGGGAGAGAGAACCCUGGCCGAGGCAGGAAUGGGGGCCCAAAGGAGAUCGGGGUAGGGGGAGGGGACACGACUGGUCAAGAGAUUACUCUGAUAGAGAUGAAGAUCAACCAGUGAGAGUCGAUUACGGGCAUAGGUCAAACGAACUGAAAGACCCAAGGAUGGGUCGUGAUCGGCCUAUAUCAAGAGAUUAUGGACAUGGCUCUCGGCCGAGAUAGUACAAAACCAAGACAUUCAGUGUUUUGUAUCUGUCUACGUCUUAAUAGUUUAGAUGCAUUUAUUGUUCAUUACCAUGUGGUUACAGAACAUAGUAUUCUUGGUAAAAUCCUGUGCAGCAUAAGAAUAAACUGUAUGCAAUACUCUUUCUAAUAAAAUGUUCAGUAAUUGGUUUAGUGUUAGAAAGUCAUACAAGGAGACUUCUAAGACUGAAGCAUUCCUUAUGUCAUUGCUUCGUUGAAAUUUAUCUGUCUGUGAUAAACUUAUGGCAACAUAGAUAUACUGUGCAACUUGCUGUUAGACAAUAUAUUUCUCAUCUUUGUUUCAUCUUGAAACAAAACUUAACACUGUUGCAUGGAAGGUAAAUGGGGAUUUGAAAUAAUACAUCACUUGGUGAUUAGUAAUGGCAGAGAUUUUGGUCUUUUUACCUGCUUUAGUUACUUCCUAUCCAAGAGACUCCAUCCUUCUGUUCAUAUCUUUUUGAAAUCAUUUUUCAAAAUGGAGCUUUGUUUUGGUUAAAGGUUUACUGUUCAGAAGUCUUAUCUGUAUUAAAAUAACCACAAGCAGUCCAUGUUGUAGAUUACGUCUUGUAAUGAAUAACAUUACAGGUUACAGCCAGUACAUCACACCUUCACAAAUUCACAUAAAUGAAACCCUAUUGUCCUUCAUAUAUUACUUUUUCCUAAUCUAGUAUUACUAUUUGAAAUUUCCUCUCAAUACUGAAAUACAUUUUUCAGGACAUGUACACCACACAUGCUUCAAGGGCAUUUAUUCUUCAAAAUACAUCAGUUGCGUAACACAAUGUUCUGGGGCCCGUAUUACAAAGCUUAGCAAUGAUUUUAGAACGUUUUUCUAUGAUUGAUUCCAUUGACUACAAUGUACAAUCAAUCAUGAAA